AUGUUCAACAAACUCGCAGACAAACUCGACCGCCUAGCAGGCGUGCAACCUGCCAACAGCAACACGCCCACCCAACAACCAUACUACCCAGCAACACAGCAGAACCUCCAGCAUCAACCUCACAACAUCCCGGCCCCACCAUACGGCUACGGCUAUUCUCAACAAGCCCAAUACAAUCACGCCCAGCAGCACCUCAACGGUCCCCUCCAACAGCCACAGCUACAACCCUACCGACCCCAAGGCCCCAUCCCAAUCCCACACCCUCAACUACAACCACACCAGCACCCCCUUCCCCGCUUCCACAUAACAAAAACCUCCGUCCACAACCUCUCCACAACCCAACCCUUCCUCACCCUAACCCACACCUCCAACCACCUCACCUUGACCCAUCCCUCCGACGGCUCAACCCUCGGUACACUCCACUUCCACUCCCUCUCCAGCAACUCCAUCGAUUACGCCCUCAAUGGAUCCAGCCCAGGUUCCUCAAGUCUGAAAGAUCCCAGCCAAGGAUUAGGCUUCGGGGGCUGGAAAUUCCGCCCGAUCUUGCUUGGAGGCGGAAGGGGGGAGAAACGGAGUUGGAAGAUGAAGGAGACGAGAGCUGAUGGGGUGUUGAAGGAUAGUAGCAGUAACGUUGUGGCGAAGUUGGAGGAGGGAGUGUUGACUUUUGAGAGGAUGGGGUUGGGAGAGGGGGAGUGUGAUGAGAUUGUUGUGACGGCUGUGGCGAUAGUGGAGAGGAGUUGGAGGGAUGAGAAGGAGUUGAGUCAGGUGGUGAAGAUGACGGAUGCGUUGGGGGGUUUGGGUGGAUAG